GAUUACAUUAACAUUAAGUGACUCUUAAUAGACAUUCAUUUGAAACACUGUUUUGAAGACUUGUGAAGACAUUUGUUAAUCACUUAUACAUUGGUUAUAACAAUGAUGUCGUCAACCGUGUCCUCGCUGUCGGUCAGUGUUACCGUUGAACCACUAGAUGAAUAUCAGGUCCAAGAUAUUACAUACGAUGGACAAGAAAAAUACAUUCAACCAUUGUCAAUGUCGGACAACUUUACCAAAUUGGUGUCAAAGAUUGACUUUUCCAAGAUUGACAACGAAUCCAAUGACACAAACAAUGACAUGACGGACACCAUAUCGGAAACCAAUGAAGUCGAUGAUAGCAAAGAGUUGGCCACAUUUCAGCCGUCUCUUUGGCCAUUUGACUCCAUUCGCAAUAAAUUAAAACAAGCUCUGACCGAAGUGACUGUUUUGACAGACGUUUUAACCGUUGUUAAAGACAAACGAUAUAUGAUAUUAGAUCCCGUUUCUCAAGAGACUAAUGAUAUGAAACCGAUUACAGCUUUAAUUGCGAAGAAAAAGGCACUACAAGUUGCGUCUCAAAUACUAUCCAACGGCGCCGAACGUAUUCGUGUCGCCCAAUCGGAGGCCACUAAGAAUAGGGCCACAGAUUUUCAUACCGAGUUGUUUCACAUGAGACAGAACUGGAGAUUAAGAAAGAAAGAAAACUCAAUACUCGGUGAUCUCAGUUACCGAAGCGCCGGUUCUCGUUUUCCACAUACGGGAACGUUUGAAGUGACUAAAAAUGAAGACCAAGUUAGUACAGGUACCGGUCCGCGUGCCAGUGCUCUCAAAGUGAAAGUACCGGCAGAUCUGGAAGGCGGCAGCUUUUUUCAAGUGAAAACACAAAAAGACUGUGAUGUUAUUGAUGAUACUGAACCAUCUCUUCCCAUACCAUCUGUUUUAUCAGCUAAUGCUGACUUGAAUUGGCACCAAAAGCUUGAAAACGCCCAAAACGUUUUGUUUAACAAAGAACUGUUUGCUCAGUUAGCUCGUGAAGCUGUUGACUUAAAACUGUCGAUACCGACCACAGUUAUCGGUAAUAAGAUAAUUGCAUCCCUUUUUCCUGGCGUGCAAUUGUCAAUAGUUUUAUGUCACACAACAAUUAAUGGUAAAAUCAUGCAUCAAAAGUCAUCACCACUAGCCAUCCCCUCCAAACAAGAUUCACCAAAUAAACCUGUUUUAGAGCAUUCAUUGCAUCAGCUGUUGCGAGAGAUGCAUCACAACACACUKCAUCAUCCUAUGCCUCAUCCGACUACUGCAACAUUAGGUGUUAGUUGUAAACGAUAUUUGGCGGGACCUGAAGCUUAUGACAGACAAACAAUAAUAGAAAUGAACAAAAAUGAUACCAUUUUAGAGCAAAUCAUAUCUCAGACUCAACACGAUUUGUUACGUUUGAGGACAAUGUAUAUGAUUGAUACAACUGCUUCCGAAAUAAAAGAUCCUAUUAUUGUUGCCCAUUGGCUGUGUCUUAACAGUGCCACUAAAAGUAGUGUCAAAAUUAAUAUAGUCUCCUAUGGCUAUGAAUCCCUCUGUAGAACUCCUCUUGUCAUUCAUAUAUCAACCAAAUCAUUGAAAGCAAUACUUAGAGACGGAAGAGUCAUAAACAUGUCAUAUGAAUCACAAGAAUUGCGUUAUUUAUUACUUAAUCAGAUAUCGCAACACCAGAUAUUUGCCAUUCAAGCACUUUCUAAGCCAAUGGGAUGGAAAGUAUUGUCACUAAAUAUAAACGUAGGCGUCGGUCACGUUGAGCCCAUUGGCACCGCAUCGUCAAUAGUUUUAGUCUCACCUAAUGGCGAUCGAUUUCUUGCCAUCCGAUGCGGUCCCUACUCUGGAAUAGAAGUUAAGAUGUGUUCGUCACCUCAAGAGUUCUAUCCGAGUGCUUUAGUUCGGGACCGCAAAUGGCAAAACUUGACCGGAAGUUAUCGGGAAGUGGAUUGGGAAAAGAUUGAGGGAAAAAAUUUUGUCAAUAAAAUUGAGUAUCUGAUGGCGAGUCUCGUUAGUUAUUAAGAUAACUAC